UGCGGUUAGCGCCCCUCAGCCCUGCGGGCGAUCUCCCCAAAGCGCCAAUCGCACAACGGUUCCAGGCAACCACUUCGGGGCCUCAGAACUGCCAAGCCUCCCCAGCCAUCCUGCUGACACCCCAGUCCGGGACCGCCAUGUGUGAACAGGAUCAACGGACCCUCCAGUGGUCAACAUCGCCCAUCCAGCUUCCGAUCCCGGCCUUUCUUUAAGUAGUCCCCCCCCCAUCCCGGCCAUCAACCACCGGGGCAAAGCUGCCAGCGUCAUGGUCCCUCGGGCUGUUUCCCGUUCCUCAGUAUGGCUCAGCCCUCUCCGCCAACCACGAGGCCAACCACGAGGCCAACCAGGGCCGCUCCCGCCAACAAUACACGCUUCUUCGGCUCCCAGAUAGGCGGCCGCUCCGUCAUCAACUAUGGUUAUACCGACAUGCCUUGGAAGCUCAUGGCUUGGGAUGUCUACUACUUCUUCAAGUACUCUUGGGCCAUUCCUUACAUUUUGUGGCCGCUCUCUCCUGCAGACUCGGGCGAGCUGAGCGAGCUCUCGCCGACAAAGGAGAACAUCCGGGCUAUCGCGAUUCACCUUGUGUUGUGCAUACUGCAGCUUGGCGGCCUGGUAGCGCUCCCAGCUCUGGCGGUGCUGCCGAUUUGGACAGCCACCAUCAUCGUCGGCGUUUUCUUGUUGGUCAACAAGCUUCUGUGCAUGCUGCUCAACGGCAAGGAAGUCGAGUAUCAUUCGGACCCCAAAUACGCGCCGGCACUGCCAGAACAUGCCCACGAGCAAUGGAUUUUCAUCAACGGGGUGGCGGUUGGGUCACAUUGGAUGCAGACCAAUCUCAACCGCCUCGCCGCCUCCUUCAAGCGGCCAAUCCUGGGCAUCCACAAUAGAACCUCUGGCAUCUUGUUCGACGUUGUCGAGUGCCUCAUCCAGCGCAACUGGGGAUACGCCACCAAGGACGUACGGGUCUGUUACCGUAUAAUCAAGAAGAAGCUGUACAACCCGCAAUAUUCCAAAGUCAUCUUCAUUCUUCACUCGCAGGGCGCCAUCGAGGGCAGCCUGAUCCUGGACUGGCUCCUCCAGGAACUCCCUCAGGACCUGCUUUCCAAACUCGAAGUCUACACUUUUGGCAACGCGGCCAACCACUUUAAUAACCCGCACCGCCACAUCCGUACCCAAAACCUGGCAAAGCUCAACCCGUCGGCGGCAUGCGUCGACUCGGUCCAGCUCACGCACAACCGCGAGGAAGCCGCCCGUGUCCCCCGCCGCCGUUGCCCGCAGCCGGGAUCCAGGCCCAACUCUAGUUCUAGCUCCAACUCCAGUUCCGGCUCCAGUUCCAGUUCCAGAUCCAGCUCCAGAUCCGGCGCCAGAUCCAGCUCUAGCUCCACCUCCUUCGAUCUCGAUGACGCGGCCGAUUCGUCCAACCGCCACUCGACCCCGACGACCACUGAGACGGAGAGCGGUGCCGGCACGGCCACGGCCCUCUUCACGGCCGCCGCCGGCAGCAGCCCGCACCCCUCCCACCACCCGGACCGCGCCAUCGGCUACAUCGAGCACUACGCCCACACGACCGACUUCGUCGCCGCCUGGGGGGUCCUGCACUUUGCCACCUCGUCGCCGUCCUCCCAGUUCGUCCCGCGCUUCAUCGGCCGCGUGUUUGCGCGCACCAGCCCCCGCGGCGGCCACCAGAUGGUGCAGCACUACCUGGACGGCAUGUUCCCCCUCCGAAGGGACCCCGCGACCGGGGAGCUGGCGAGGAACGCGGACGGGGUGCCCCUCGGGGUGGAAGAGGAGGGGAACGAGUUCAUGGAGAGCGAGGUCCUUGUUGGCGGUGGCGGGGACGGCACGGGCAGGGAGGAGGGCGAGGGAGAGGAACUGAGCGACGGUGAGGCGGCAGAUGGAGAGGAGCAGGAGCAGGUCGAGGUAGUCGACGUGAGUCCCGAGCCGGCGAGGGCGGAAAGCGGCGACGGGGCGGUCUCGCCGCGGAAGACUAGGAGGAAGCGGCAAGAAGGGGUGAGGGUCAAGGUCAAGGACGUGAGCCGGCUGUGGCAGUAUCGGAACGGACGCAGCCCGGAGGAGACGCCCCCUCUGCUUGUCAGGGGCAAGGACGGAGUGGUGAGGAACGCGACAAUGUAAAACGAGGGAUGUUUUUGGGUCUGCCGAGGCGAUCGGGAGCCGGGCGAAGGGGGGGCCGUCACGUCUUACGGAUACAGGUGCGUAACAUGCAUUGUGACGGCGUCUGGUAUCGUUUUGCUAUCUGGCUCAACGGUGGGACUGUUGAGAACGGGCUCUGAUGCGUCUCGAGGCAGUUCCCGUUCCCUUGAAUGGCUAUGACUAUAGACCGAAACAAGGAAUUUAUUACUACUUACUUUAUGAAGAUAAUGAAAAGGGGG